AUGGAUGAGAGCUUAUCUGAUAUUUUCCAAGAGACAGAGUUUGGGGACACCAACUUUGGUGGAGAGGAUCUCUUUUCCAUUUUGGAGAGCCUAGAAGGCUUCAACAAUUUUCCUCCCAUCGAUGAAGCUGUUAUAAUUACUCCAACUUUGAAAGAAAAUGAGCAAAACUCAAGAUUGGUUUCUCAGAAGUCAACUUCUUCAAGUGCUCCACAAGAUUAUGAAACGGAACCCGAAACUGAACCCAAAAGCAAGAGACAGAAACUUGCCCCCACUUCGCCAGAGGAACCAAACCCUGAUGGACAACAAAGGAUAUCUCAUAUUACUGUUGAACGCAACCGAAGAAAGCAAAUGAAUGAGCACUUGUCUGUCUUGAGGUCACUUAUGCCUUGCUUUUAUGUCAAACGAGGAGAUCAAGCAUCAAUAAUUGGAGGUGUGGUUAAUUACAUCAACGAGUUGCAACAAGUGCUACAAUGCCUUGAGGCCAAGAAACAGAGAAAAGUUUACAGUGAUGUACUAAGCCCUAGGCUAGUUUCAAGUCCAAGGCCUUCACCACUAAGUCCUCGAAAACCACCCUUGAGUCCUAGAAUAAACUUGCCUAUUAGUCCAAGGACUCCACAACCAGGUAGCCCUUACAAGCCCAAGUUGCAACAAGGUUACCUUUCCCCUACUAUAUCCAACUCUCGAGACCCAUCUCCUCCUUCUAAUUCUUCUUCUUCUGCUUCUUCCAUCAACGAUAAUAUCAACGAGCUUGUUGCUAAUUCCAAGUCUGCUAUCGCCGAUGUUGAGGUCAAGUUUUCAGGUCCACACGUUCUUUUGAAAACUGUAUCACCACGGAUUCCCGGGCAAGCUUUGAGAAUAGUAUCAGCCCUUGAAGACCUAGCACUCGAAAUCCUCCAUGUGAGCAUUAGCACUGCUGAUGAAACCAUGCUAAACUCAUUCACUAUUAAGAUUGGAAUUGAAUGCCAACUCAGUGCCGAAGAACUCGCUCAACAAAUUCAGCAAACAUUCUGCUAA